AAGGGGGCAUAUUAAAUAGCACACGUAAUUUGCAAAGUGCAUCCAUAAAAUAAGAGCAAGAUGCAGACAUACAUAUUGGCUAAUUAGUGCUAGGUAAUGGACUGAUAAGCCACUACAAUUUCGCCCGCCAGAAUUAAAGCCCAAAACUUAAUGAAUGGUCUGUUGUACACUGCAAACAUAUUGGUCAGAUAACCCAGCAAAAUGCUCCCAAACAUGCUCCCCUUAUUAACAGUAUUAGUUUAAAACGAAUAUAUUUAUAAUGUCCAAGAAAUCUAAAUUUCAGCUACGACAGAAAAACAAACCAAAUCAAACAAAAAGAACAACCUCUAGCGACCUCACCAGUCGCGUAAAACCUUUGAUUUACUGCUACUGGCUGACACGUCAGUGACCUUUGUAAUUUGAACCGCACGUAACCUCCUGACAUGCCCAGAUCCCCGCUGAGUCCACUGUGCAUUCGCUGCAGAAAACGCUUUCACCUGCAGCUCUCGUGGAGGCCGGCAGAGGUCGCUCUGUUCUCUGGCUUCUCUCCCUCUCUGGCUGUCCCUGCGACUCUCCCUCUACUCCCCUCAUCUUCCCUCAGAUACUGUACAGCAGGCAAAAAAAAAAAAAAAGUCGGAUCAAGCUUUUCCGGUCUGCUAGCACUAAUUUCCUCUCAAGACCUCUGGCGUUGAAGCUGAGGAUACGCACAGAUCCAGAGACAGAGAGCGACAUCCUGGGGAAGGAGCAGCAAGGAGGACCUAGUGAAAUUAACGGCACAGCCUCGCAGCCGUCUCGAGGGGUUUUCUACCACGGGUGAGUGGAUCCUGCGCGCUGGGAGAGGAGGAACAGAGAAGGAGAGGGGAGCAGAAUGCUUCGGCAGAUGGGAGCGCUCCCGAGUCUCGUCGCGCCCGCUCCGUGCUCUCCAUCCGCGCGUCUCUUCGUCUCCGUGAAGCCGCCACAUAGCGGCCGCCGCUGCCCGUCCUCCUCUCCGCCGCCCCUCCGGGUAUUGCCCGGCUCGUUAUUACAUAACCCAGCGUCUCUGUCGCCACCCCUGACUUGAUUCUCUCAAAGCCGGCGGUGAGGGGAUCCACGUCUUGUUUACCGGCCCAGCGAGAGCAGCGAGCGCCUGCAGCAGCAGCAGCAGGCGACGAGGCGUCCAAGCAGGAUUUAAAGCCGGAUCAUCACGCUGUCUUGGACUGAAGGACUAGCAGGGUGGAAACCUGAGUCUGGCGGUGAUGAGAACUCACCCCGAGUGGAUUUCUCUGGUGUGCUGCCAGAAGCAUCUGGAAAGGAUAACACAGGAAUACACUCCCCCCUCCAGAGUACCAGAGGAUAGUUCACAUCUCAGACGGUUCGGUGUUUGAGCUCUGCAGCUGCUGACUGAUGUGUUUUAGAUUGUGUUUUAUUGGGGAAUAGUUUUAUCCACUCUGGCUGCCCCAACUGACACAGUUCAUAACCAGAUUUCCUCCUGACCCCAGUGGGCUUGAACAUGUUGAAUACCCCUAGUCCUUGAUGCUUGCAGAUGGUGACUGAGGGAUAAGCAUCCUAUUCGAGAAAUCACAACAGAUUAGCAAUCCAGCAAGGUUUACUUUUAGCGAUGCAGUGAAGAUGUGUGCAGCCAGAUUCAGUGGCUGCCUCAAUGGCUGUGCUGACGAGGCCCCCAGUAGUGUUGCAGGGGCUGCUGGUUCAGUCAUGGUCUCCAGGAUGCUGGACUGGUCUGAGGCAGGUGCCCGCAUCCUCCACAGCCUGGAAAUGGGCACAGUGAUGACCAUCUUCUAUCAGAAAAAGUCUCAGCGCCCUGAGAGGAGAACGUUCCAGAUAAGGCAGGACACGAGGCAGAUAGUGUGGAGCAGAAACCCAGACAAAAUAGAAGGAGAGAUCGACAUACGGGAGAUCCGGGAGCUGCGGUUGGGGAAGGGCUCCCGUGAUUUUGAGCGCUACCCAGAGGAGGCUCGUAAGCUGGACUCCACCCACUGCUUUAUAGUGCUGUACGGCCUGGAGUUUCGCCUCCGGACCCUCAGUGUAGCUGCCUUCAGUGAGGAGGAAGUCAACAUGUGGAUCACUGGACUCAACUGGCUAAUGAUGGACACGCAGAGGGCACCGGCACCACAACAGAUUGACAGGUGGCUGAGGAAACAGUUUGAAGUCAUGGACAGGAGCCAUGAGGGCAGCAUUACAGUGAAGGAUGUGAAAGCUCUGCUGCCUCAGGUCAACUACCGAGUGCCCAACAUGCGCUUUCUCAAAGACAAGCUACAGGAGGUGGAGGCCAGGAGCGACCUGUCAUACCCCAACUUUGCACAGCUCUACAGAACACUGAUGUUUGAUGCACAGAGGAGUAUUACUGAGCAGCUGGAGCUCUCCUUCCCUCUGCGAAAUGUUGACAGACCAGAGCUUUGUCAAAUCUCCCUCUAUGACUUUCAAAAGUUUUUACAGAUGGACCAGAAGGAGUCCUGGGCAUCAGAUCUGGGUCGUGUCAGGGAGUUUCUUAUGGGCUACAUGAGGGGGGCACCACAGCCUGAGCCGAUGCUACAACUGGAUGAGUUCCUGACCUUCCUGUACUCUAAAGAGAAUUCUGUGUGUGACCCUCGUCUUUCACCCGUAGUUCCUGAUGACAUGAAAAGGCCAUUGUCUCAGUACUGGAUCUCAUCUUCGCACAACACGUACCUGACAGGUGACCAGUUUUCCAGUGAAUCAUCUCUAGAAGCCUACGCUCGCUGUCUGAGGAUGGGCUGCCGCUGCAUUGAACUGGACUGCUGGGAUGGACCUGAUGACCUGCCAAUCAUCUACCACGGCCACACCUUAACUUCCAAGAUCAAAUUCCUGGAUGUGCUGCAUACCAUCAAAGAACAUGCCUUUGUUACAUCUGAGUAUCCUGUGAUCUUAUCCAUCGAGGACCACUGCAGUGUGGUCCAGCAGAGGAACAUGGCCACGCACUUCAAGAAAGUUUUUGGAGAUCUGCUGCUCACCAAACCGGUUGACAAUAACGCAGAGGAGCUUCCUUCGCCCUACCAGCUCCGCAGGAAGAUCCUCAUCAAACACAAGAAGCUGGUGGAAGGAACCCUGUAUGAAGAGGUGACGUCAGCCAGCUACUCUGAAAACGACAUCAGUAACUCCCUAAAGAACGGCAUCCUUUACCUCGAAGACCCCAUUGACCAUACAUGGACGCCACAUUAUUUUGUCCUGACCAGUAAUAAGAUUUACUACUCUGAGGAGACAUCUCAUUAUCAGACAGCUGAUGAAGAGGAGGAUGAUGAAGGAAAGGAGGAGUGCAACAACAAUGAGCAGCACUGUGCAGAGCGCUGGUUUCAUGGGAAGCUGGGUGGAGGACGCGAUGGCCGUCAGGUGGCUGAGAAACUCCUGCAGGAGUACUGCGAGGGCGGGGCCAAAGACGGCACCUUCCUGGUCCGGGAGAGUGAGACGUUUGUUGGAGACUACACCCUCUCCUUCUGGCGCUCUGGUCGGGUCCAGCACUGCAGGAUCCAUUCACGUCAGGAGUCUGGCUCCACCCGCUUCUACCUGACUGAUAACCUGGUGUUUGACAGCCUCUACCGGCUCAUCUGCCACUAUAGAGACACGCCGCUCCGCUGCAACGAGUUUGAGAUGAGGCUGGGAAACCCUGUACCUCAGCCGAAUGCACACGAAAGCAGAGAGUGGUACCACUCCAACCUGUCCCGUGUUCAGGCUGAACACAUGCUGAUGCGUGUGCCCAGAGACGGAGCUUUCCUGGUUCGAAAACGUAGCGAACACAACUCCUACGCCAUCUCCUUCAGGGCAGAGGGUAAGAUCAAACACUGCCGUAUCCAGCAAGAAGGCCGUCUCUUCAUGUUGGGUAGCUCGGCAGAGUUUGAGAGUCUGGUGGAUCUGGUGAGCUACUAUGAGAAACAUCCUCUGUAUCGUAAAAUGAGGCUCCGCUACCCCAUCAAUGAAGAUACUCUAGACCGGAUGGGCACCACGGAGCUUGACUAUGGCGCACUGUAUGAGGUUCGCACUCCUCAUUUCUAUGUGGAGGCUAAUAAGAUGCCCACAGCACGGUGUACGGUCAAAGCUCUGUAUGACUAUCGAGCUCAGAGAGAAGACGAGCUAUGUUUCCCCAAACAAGCACUCAUCCUGAAUGUGGAUAAGCAGGAGGGCGGCUGGUGGAGAGGUGACUAUGGAGGAAAGAAGCAGCUGUGGUUCCCUGCAAACUAUGUAGAGGAGGUCCCUAGUUCCCCCACCAGAGAAAUGGAUGAAGCAUCCACAGAGAACAGUCCUCUGGGAACUUUCCUCAAAGGCUUCAUAGAUGUACCAACCUGCCACGUGGUGGUGCAUAAAGACGGAAAGAAUUCCCGGGCCUUUGUGUUCACUAUCCACUCCCAACACCUCUCUUCUCAUCCGGUCCAGACUCUGGACGUAGCAGCUGACAGUCUGGAAGAUCUCACCGGCUGGGUCAGCAAGAUUAGAGAGGCUGCACAGAAUGCUGAUGCACGAAUGCAGGAGGAGAAACAGAUGGAGAGGAGGAAGAAGAUUGCAGUGGAGCUGUCGGACCUCGUGGUCUACUGCAGACCUGUCCCCUUCAAUGAGGACAAGAUUGGGACGGAGCGAGCAUGUUACCGGGAUAUGUCCUCCUUCCCGGAGACGAAGGCAGAGAAGUUUGCGACCCGUGGCCGAGGGAAACGCUUUCUGCAGUACAACCGUCGUCAGCUUUCCAGGAUUUAUCCCAGAGGACAGAGGCUGGACUCCUCCAACUAUGACCCUCUACCUAUGUGGCUCUGUGGCUCCCAGCUGGUUGCACUCAAUUUCCAGACCCCAGAUAAACCCAUGCAGCUGAACCAAGCUUUGUUCAUGCUCGGAGGUGGCAGCGGCUAUGUUCCCCAGCCUGACAUCAUGAGGGAUGACACGUUUGACCCUUUCGACAAGGACACAUUGCACGUGGAGCCAAUCACCAUCCAAUUACAGGUGCUGGGUGCUCGCCAUCUGCCUAAGAAUGGCCGGAGCAUUGUCUGUCCCUUUGUAGAGUUGGAAAUCUGUGGAGCCGACUAUGACAGCUACAAGUGCAAGACAGAUGUUGUAGCUGAUAAUGGUCUGAACCCUGUGUGGGUGCAGAAGCAGUUUGUGUUCGAUAUCCACAACCCCACCUUCGCCUUUCUGCGCUUCACCGUCUACGAGGAGGACAUGUUCAGCGAUCCCAACUUCCUGGCACAGGCAACCUACCCAGUCCGUCUGCUCAAAACAGGCUACAGGAGUGUACCUCUAAAAAACAGCUACAGUGAGGAGCUCGAGCUAGCGUCCCUUCUGGUUCACAUAGAAAUCGUCAAUGCAAAGGAGGAAGACGAUGAGAACUUGUACACGUCCAUCCAGCGGUUGCGAGAUCGAACCAGCGAGCUGUCCAACCAGGUUUCUCUCCUGGAGAGGUCGGGCUCAGCAGACCUGAGCUAUCAGCAAAGUCUGGAGGAGCUCCGAGCCACUCAGGACCAGCUGAGUGAGCUGGUGGAGGCUCGCAACCGCAGGCUGAUGGAGAAGAAGAGAAGGGAGAAGCUGAGACAACAGGUGAUAGCAAAGCGCAGCUAAUCCACCAGAGAGCGCUAAACUCCAACACAAACUGUGCCUGAUAGGUUGUGCUGUGACAGCCUGAAAAGAACGGGCCCUGCUCCAGGAAGCAUAUUCAAUAAACUGUUAGUCUGAUAAACUCUUAGUUUAUUAACUCUGAUAUCAGAAGCUCAGUUUUCAGUUUCAGAACAGCUCAUAACUGUUUCCUUUCUCUACUCAUACGCAUGAGUAGAGAAAGGAAACACUCAUCCCUGUAGAUCAGAUACCACAAUGCAACAAGUGAAUAUAGUGCAGAGUCUCAAUUUUAAUCAAGUGAGUGGAGGAAUGUGAACAAGUGCCAGUGCUGACUAUGACAUUUAUCAGGAGGGGGGAAAAAAGAGUCAUUUUAAUUUGCUUGGACCACUCUGUUAUCAUUACAGACCUUAUAAAACUUUUAUAUGAAAUCUUAAUUUUUCUAUCCUGUUCAUAGUCCUUUACAUGAGAUGUGGAUCCAAAACGGAAUCAAAAGGCAUAAGCUGGGAAUUUACCAAAGCUGAAUUCAUCCAGGCCCGAGCCAGUCUGAAUCUGUGAUUCUUGUCCAUUUUUAAUCUUUCCUGUUGUGCAAGUGGACUCCAACCUGGACAUAGUUUUUGAUCCAUUAUGGAGCCUAUCAUAGGCUACCUGUGUGCAAAUUUGGGUCUGAAUUGAUCCAGUGAGAAAGAUUCAGGUGAUGUUUAGUCGAAAACAUCAGAUUCAAACUCUGAUUUUCAGACUCUCUACCAUUCAGCCUGAUGUUUGACUUUAAUUUAAUGACUUAAUGACUGAAUAUCAAUCUGUGAACAAAUUUCAACAUGAAAUCUACAGAACAGAAUGCAUUUUGCCUAAAAAGCCACUUUAAAAUACAUUUUUAGACUCUUUCAGCCUCAUCUUCACUCAAAUAUUCUCAUCAUCUCCAACAUCUGUGACUGACAGUAUGACUGAUUGAAGUUUAUUGACCAGUGUGUUGUCUGUCUAACGCUUUAUACAGAUCAAUUUAACAUAAACUGUGAUUGCUACAGAGUAAGUGUUUCCAGUGCACUCAAACUGUCCGACAGGCUGACAGUUACACAACUGUCCACAGGGUCACAGAGUUAGAACGAUGGAGAAGAGAUGGAUCUGAGUGAGGGUAAAAGCGCUCAAAUCUAAAAACAGCUAACUAAGGUCUAACUGGGAUUUGUGUUUUCCUAAAAAUGUAAACUUCCUUAAAUUAAUUACCUCUGCUAUGCGCUUUCAUAGUGAAUGAGGAGCUGAAUCAGAGUGUCAGUCAGCUGAUUCAGCAGCAGCAGGACAUUGAGCAGGUUUAGUUCUGUUUCCCUGGUGACUGAGUUUAAGUUAACUCGCUUUCUGGAACAGAAAACCUGGACUUUCCCUCACCUCAGGGUUAACAAAGAGUUGUUUGAUAAACCUGCUUCCUGGAGUAGACUCAAGCAGCUUUCUACAGCAGCUACAUGCAAUCCAUUUAGAAGUGAAGAAAACAUGUUCUUUGACAAGAAAAUGUCAGAUAGUAUAGCACCUUUCUGUGCUGAGGGCAGAAUGAAAAAAGUAAACACAAACAUAAGUAUCUCAUGGACUGAAAAGACAUAAAACUAAGCUAUAAAAACAAUCAUGUUCUAAAGGCUGAAACAUAUUAAUUGCAAACUGGUGUUUCUGUGACAGAUUUCAUGAAAAGUAGAUCGCUUAACAAAAAUGCAACGCGUUUCUAAUACUUCUCGCAAUAGUGUCCGGUUUUGAAAUAGAAUCUGGGGAAGUUUAAACCAUUGGUAAGGAAAAGAAAGUGUUUGAAAAUGAAAUAUUUAUGAAAACAGACAUUUUUCAUUAUUUUGAUGGACCAAAAGUUAUUUUAAAAGGAAAAACAAUCAGUACAAUAACAAAUAAUGAAAUUAUUCUUAAAUUAUUAUUUGCCAUUAUUAUAAAGAGUCAUUGUGGGAAUCAGCAGUAAAUACAGCUAGCACUUUUUCAAAUGCAAACACAAUAUAAAUUUCCAUUUGACAGUUUCAGAUGAAUGCUGUACAGUUUAAACAAUAAUUUACCAACAAACUUCCCCCUGAAAUUUGCACUUACUGUGUUUCAGGCUUUACCAAGAAAAACAGGAUAAAAUGGGAGAAGAAAACUCAGGUUACACAAAUGUGGGGAAUGAAAAAUUAAACUGUUUGUAAUGGAUGGAAAAGGGAUUAGAGGGCACUUGUAGCAAAAAGGAAGUAUCCUGUAUGUGCCUUUGUUCUUGAGUGUAAUUACUCUUGUAUUUAAGAAAGAACAGGAGCUCUCUUUACAACUGGAAUAAUUUCCCUUUUAGGGAAAACUAUCAACAGUCUAGAGGAACAUGCUCAUUUGGUUUGGACCACUACUCAUGAAAUGAGGUUUAAAGGGAUCUAAAGACGCAAGUCUGUUCCUCCUAAUCAAGACCAAGUCCUUGGGCGAUCACUUGAACUCUGCCUCCAGUUGGUGGGGGCUUCUGUCAUAGACUUUCUUGUUCUGCCGGGGAGAGCACAAAUUCUCACCAAACCAUGUAGAGAAGUUUUUUUUUAAUACUUCUUCAAAGGGCUCUAAAUUUAUCUACACUACCUUCAGAGAAGUGUGAGAACAGUGAGUGCGGGAGGGGGGAGGAGACGAGAGCGCUCCCCUGGAUGUCUGCAUAGGGGCUCAGAUGUGUUCACCUCUACAGGGACACACCUACAAAUAAAGGGCUAUCACUAAAAAAACAAACAAACAAGCAAAGAAGAAAACCAACAGAAAAAACCUAGUAAGGCACUCUUUUUACCUGCCGGCUCUGAUUUCAUGCCUCGUUUCUAAACCAUCGAUCAAGAUCAGUUUCCAUCAUCUGACUUUAAUCAACAGAUGUGGCCCAACUGGUCCUGAAUUUGCCAAAAGCAGCUUUGAUUGGACCCUCUGCAUGACUUCAUAUUUAACCACCCACCCCUGUAGCUACUUCAUCUCCUCCCCUGUCUGAUUUCUCAUUGUAUAUAACUUCUUUUAUUUAUCAGACAGAUGUAGAUCCUGUUUUAAUAGAUUAAAGAACGUGCUACAAGGAUGCUAGCGGACUUCAGAUUGAAGAUACUAUAACUUUAUGUAGAAAUUAUUAUUGUGUACCUGGAGCUCCCUUUAACUGUCCCCGUAGACACAAACCUCUCUCUUUCUCCCUACACUGCAGUUGCACUGGGUAGGGACUUCUAUGCAAAGGUCAUCGUUUUGGCCUAUAGCCAUUGUGUAUUAGGCGGUUGACUCAAGUUGUGUUUUUCUCUCUGCACCUAUGCUAACUGUCCAGUAUUACAGUAGUACUCUGCAUUGCAAAUCAUGUGCAAGUUUCCAUUUAAUAAAGCUCUUUCAUGUAA